GCUUUCUUAACAAGAGCAAAAAGAAGGUAAGUGUUUCAGUAGUAGACUGAAGACUGACUCUUUACAGCUGGUUUUUAAAAAUAUUUACAUUAAAUAUACUGGAGAGACUUCCAAAUGCUUUGCAAACGUGAGUGGUGCUGAGCUCUGAGGCCAAGCACUCUGCUGGUUGGUGUUGCGUUUGGCUCCAUGUGGGAUUUCAGUGGAGCACUGCUCUGCCAUGUCGUGUGCUUCGUGCUGGCACAGUGUUGCAGCUCUGCAGUGGGCAGAUAGUGACUGAAAACAAAUAAAGCCAAUAAUCCUCAACGUGGCACUUGUGCCAUAGAGUUUUUAACGUCAGGAAAAUAACUGCUGGGCAUUUCUUAAUGUGGCCAGAGGGACAAGCCAGAGGGAACAGCUACUUCCAAAGUAGUGCCAAAACUGUGCAAAGAGGUAGACCGGGUAGACCUAGGGCCCCGUGCCUUCCCUUGCAGACACAACAGUUGGAAGGAGGACUGGGGGGAGUUCAGUCCAAACUGCAGAAAGCUGUCCUUGUCACUCAGCCUGAGGCACAGCAAAUAUGGGAAGAGGAGGUCUGGCUGCCUGGCUGAUGUCUACAAGCCCAGCACAGUGCUGCAUUUUGAACCUAAGGGCUUAUCUUAAUUAUAUCAGGUUAAUGGAGGAAACGGCCCCAGAACGGUCAGUACAGGAGUUUUUUGCCACUAUAACCAAAGUUUCUCCUGACGCAACAUUGCACAGGGGACAGCACUUUGCUUACCUACAGGCACUUGCUUUUUGUUCAAGUGGUUUCCAGUCUCCUCAGUACAGAGUCAUAGAAUCAUUAAGGUUGGAAAAGGCCUCCAAGAUCAUCAAGCCCAACUGUCCACCUAUCAUUUCCCCUCUAGACUGUGUCCCGUAGUACAAUAUCUAAACAUUUCUUGAACACUGCAUUGUAGUGUUCUUUGGACACUACGUAAAUGCAGGUAUGGAGAAUUUAAGAAAGGGAAGCUGUUUGCAAUUAAUAGAUGUCAAGGUAGAGUUCGCUUAAGUGAUGUCUUGGUUUGGAUAGCAAGGUUUUGCUGAGGGAGUUUUGGGUACCCAAGGAGGCAGCAUCCCUGGUGAGUCCUGAGAUGUGUCAAAGCCCACCUGGCUGCACAGUGCACCCCUCUGGGGAGUCAAGGGCUGUCAGAUUUAAUAAUGACAUUGAGUAAUUACUGCUGCAUGUUCUGCGAAGAGCUGCCGGAAACAUGAGAUGCUGAGGUUGGAGUGCAAUAGCUGUGGUCCUGUGUGGUUGCCCCAUGCCAGAACCUGACGUAAGAGGAGAGCAGCUUGCUGCAAUGCUAAGCCACGUUUCAUCCCAAAGUCCAGGACUACUCCAGUCCAAUAUGCCAAGAAAUGCAAAUCAGGAUCAAAAUGCUCUGGGUGUAACAAGCGACUGAAUACCCUGCAGCUGCCAAUGUUUGUUCCCCAGUGGGCAGGUGGGAGCAAAGUGUGGGGUCAGGGUCUUCUCAGUGGGUUCUGGACAACAUCACAGGCUGAUGGGUGUUCGCAGCUGCUGUGAAGCACAGGAACAGCAGCAGCAGUCAGAGGAGUGGGUACUCAGUGGGGAAGGAAGUAAUGGAGACAAGUACAAACAUCUCUUGCUGCUAAAAUGUGGUGGAUGUGGUUUUCUAGAGUGUUGGUCACUGCUAUCUGUUGUAGCCUCCAAAGUCAUCUGCUGUCCUUGAUGAAUGAGAACAAGCUCUUCAGUGUGGUAAAGAUGAAGGGAUUUGAAUGCAUUAAACUGCGGAAGUGUAGAGAAAAACAGGACUUGACUGCUACAGCAUGCACUGAGCAGCUCUGCACCCCUAGCAGGCAUUUCCCCAUCACACUGCAUUUCCCUGAGAGGAGGUUGCAACAGGAUCAUCUCCUUUUGUGUAAAAGAAGGGAUACAUCAAGGGAACUGAAUUUACUAAUUGUAGUGUUCCUGUGGAGCUAUCCCUCACCUUCCCCUCAAUCUUUUUCAGAGCAGCUGGAGUACAGGAAGCCAAAACUCUCCCUGCAAGCUCCCGGCUCCAGUUAAGUAUAAUGGAUAAUUGUGAGAUGUAUGAAAAUGCCUCCAAAUGCAUUGCGAGCUCCAAGAGCAUGAAAUGCUUCAUGGUGCUCAGCACACAAGUGCAGAAGAUCAGCAUUGCCACACUUUGUGGCCUCUUUGGAACAUUGUGCAUUUUUGAGAACUGUCUGGUACUUUACCUGAUCUUCUCCUCCUCUGGUACAAGGAGAAAGCCUUCUUACAUCUUUAUCAGCAGCCUGGCCUUGGCGGACCUCUUGGCCAGCAUCAUCUUUGUAGGAAGUUUUGUUAACUUCCAUGUCUUUAAUGAAACUGAUUCUUCUAAAGAAUUGUUCCUGCUGAAGCUGGGAGGGGUGAACACAUCUUUCACCGCCUCCCUGAGCAGCUUGUUGCUAACGGCCCUGGACCGCUACAUCUCCAUCAGCCGCCCCUCCAAAUACAAGCUGCUUGUGACGAGAAAGAGAGCGUGGACAGCACUAGGAGUGCUUUGGCUGAUAUGUGUAGCCAAUGCCUUCCUGCCUCUGAUGGGUUGGAACUGCUGUACACUCCACUCAGCCUGUUCCGAGCUGUUCCCUUUUGUGGACAACAAUUAUCUGUCCACUUGGAUCUGUCUUGUCUUGAUUUUGCUGGGGUGUAUAGUCUGCGCUUACGCACAUGUGCUGUGGAGGGCUCACCAGCAUGUGGCAUCCAUGGAUAAACACCAGGUGCAUGUGGGAAAGCAGAACGCCAGGAUGAGGAUGGACAUCAUGCUGGCCAAGACCCUCGUCAUGGUGCUGACCGUCCUUGUGCUGUGCUGGUUGCCGGCCCUAAUUCUCAUGAUUUACAGCAUCUUUGUAAGGCUGAACAAUCACCUGCGCAAGGUAUUUGCCUUCUGCAGCACCCUCUGCCUGUUCAAUUCUAUGGUAAACCCCAUUAUUUAUGCCCUGCGGAGCAAGGAGCUGUAUUCCUCCCUGAGGAUGCGCCUUUCCCGUUGCAGGAGGCAGCUGAGGACCUCAAAUGACAGCCCGGAAGCAGAGAGUGCUCACAGGUCCUCCAUGAUAGAGACUGUCUGUGAGGACAUACAUGUCAUGUAGGAUGCAGUGCCAGGAAGUCUGAGCUCAGCUGGAGUGUGGAUCAUUUCUCUUUUGGAUUGCUUUUAUUUUCUGUCCUUGUAGAAGUCCUGGGAGAUGACAGAUUGGGUCGUGGAGUCAGCUCCUACUGAUGUUUUCUUAGACACUGGGACACUAAAUGCCCAGACCUGUACAGACUGCCAUUCCCAGGGCUGCCAAGACCCUGUGCCAUGUCAUGGUGUGCUGCACACAAAGCAGAGGGUGAUGCCAUACCUCGGAACAGCAAAUCCCAUCUGCCCGCCAGUAGCUACCUGAACUUUUCCUUGCACUCAGUUAUGUCUGCCUCAGCAUUUCACAAAGUGUUGUCCCAGCCCUUUGCUUGGCACGGGCAGAGUUACACAAGCACUGUCAGCAAAGCUCUAGCAGUACUGCGUAGUAACAGUACACCUAUUUAUGCCCGCCUUGCAGACUUACAGAAACUUAAUCUCUGCCACAUGUUGUUGGAUGUUAUAAAAUUAAACAUUAAAUAAAUGUUUCAGCCUUUUCUUCCACUAACCUCUGAGGCAAUAGAUUCUUGUGCAAAUCACACAGAAGCAGCAGUUUUGGCUGUAAAACCCCCGGGCCCUUCACCAGUGCCCUAAGGACCGCGGGGCUGCCUCAGGGCCCGGCCUGCCUGGCCUGUCCGGGCACGGGCGCGAGGCCUUUGGACUCUGCCCUGGCUCAACAUGCAGCCGACGCGACCCAGGAUUGAGGGGUCUCGGGGAAGCUGAAGCGCCAACCCUUCCUCCUCACAGAGCGCAGGCAGCAGUCAGGGACGCGCCGCGGGCAGAGGCGGAUGGGGAGGCGGAGGGCCUCGCU